UUUAACCAGACACAUCUCACUUGAGAGUCGAGUGUUCACUUUAUAACCAUCGCCGUAAUGGCACCAAUGAACAAUUGUCUUCAGAUAUUGGAAUGGAAAUGUUCGACCAAAGCAAACAGUCUAACAAGAAUGCUGUGUUUUGGCGUUGGUUUGUGGCAGGGACACUGCUGAACCUGUGCAUCACAUCGGUUCUUGUUGGCCUGACUGUGUUCUACGUCCACACGGAGCUACAGUCAGUAAGGCAACGAAUAGCGAUCAACGAAGAGCGUUUGUCAUUCGUCGAGAAGGCCUUGCCGCAAGAAAAUAAUGGCCCAACUUCGAAGAAUGCCCAACUGCGAAUUCGAAGGGACCAAAUGCCAGUUAGCCACAACGCCGACCAAAAUCUGACGUUUCCAUUUCGACGGGUCAUCAGGGGGCCUUUUGGAUAUGGAGGCUGUCGUGACGGUAGGGACGGACGUGAUGGACGAGAUGGAAUUCAGGGCCCAGCAGGCCAGCCGGGCCCACAAGGAGUCAAAGGUGAACCGGGCUUACCAGGUGCUGCUGGAAUUCGAGGACCCAGAGGGCUGAAUGGAGACUCCGAGGACACGGAGCCACGCGACCACCGUGAUAACAGAAAGGCGUCAGGCGGAGAGACUUACGUCCGAUGGGGGCGCACUAUUUGCCCCAAUCACACAAGCACAGAACUGGUGUAUGCAGGCUUCGCAACCGGUUCGUAUUUCUCGCACAAAGGCGGCUCUGUAGAUUUUAUCUGCCUUCCCACUGAUCCUGACUGGGCGGCAUCUUACAACGACGGGUGGAACACGGGGUCGUAUCUGUACGGAACGGAAUACAGGGUAAGCUACGAUCCGUUCUCCCACGAGAACGCCGAGGUCCUUCAAGACCAUGACGUCCCGUGCGCCGUGUGCCGCCUCGUGAACCGCGGGACCAAGCACCUGUUCCCGGCCAAGCUCGGUUGUCCUGAGAACUGGAGGGAGGAGUACAGAGGCUUCCUCAUGUCCGGAUAUGCCGACCAUGAGCAGCGAUCCAAAGCCGUGUGCGUAGACGAGGCCCCGGAGGUGGUCUCUGGCAGUCAAGCUGACCAAAAAGGAGCACUGUUGUACAUCAUAGAGGGGGUCUGUGGGUCCCUCCAUUGCCCUCCGUACGUCAACGGGCGUGAAAUAACCUGUACCGUCUGCAGCAUCUAAGGCGGCUAACAUGUCACUCUACCCAAUGGGGUACAUUUGUGCCGCCGUCUGGGAAAUGAUGACCGGAAGUGGACCUCAUGGUCUAGAGUAACAUUAUUUGCUGUUUGUCUCUUACUGCAUUGAUGUGCACAUGCGCAUUUGUAAUGCUUGCAGGUUCAUGCUUGCCGUGCUUAUCACUUAUCAUACAGAUAUAGAUUGGGAGUUCGUUCAAACCCCAGCAAACAAAGUCUAAAAGCCCGAGUAUGGGCUCCGUGCACAAGCACCCCACAACGAUUAUUAUAGCGUAAUUUUGGUAUAUGACAGGCACAAUAGGAGGGCGCUGUUUGAUUUGGUUAAACUCUUCUAUAUUGCCCAAACCAAAUAACGCCCUCCUGUCAAGUCGGGCAUAUUUCAAACAAAAAUUUUGGAAGGAUCAAUAAAAGGGAUUCUGGAACGAAUCGCCAAUGUGUCCCUCCAUAUGAAGUUCUCGUGGUAUAGAAAAAGCGCCAUCUAGUGUUCAUGCACGGAGUCCAUAAUACGCCGAACCUCAGUUAUUCCAUCAAAGGUGAUCUUUACAUCGUGCCAGAAACGUCAAUCCUGACUAAUCUACUUUGCUUUGCAUUCAAAUCUUAACAAUGUAUAGCUUUACUUGAAGAUUGUUUUGUAUCGCUGACCUUUACAUUUAUAUUAAGGCAUCUAAGGGACUAUAUAGUUUAUCGCAUUACAUUAUAUACAUAAAAUUGUGUUGUCUCUGUCAGUAAUUAUAAGAGAAAUGAGGUUACUUGACCUUUUGUUGAUCUCAACAGCAUCAAAACGUCGUGAACACAAUGAUUUGAUGUUGGAAAUAAACGUUUUGUCAUCAG